AUGUCAAAGAGUGAAAGAUCUGUAAGGAAAAGAGAUGUCUCAGAAGCUGAGAUAGUGAGUUCUAUAAACAAUAAUGAGGUUAAUUUGUUUGCUUAUAAGUCGGCCAGUGAUUUGGACCGUGACAAGAUAGUCGGUGAGCUUUUGCAAGCACUACUUAAGCACAUAUGUUGUGCAAGUAAGGAGAAGGAAGAUGGUAUUAAGUUUGUGUCAUCAGAUAAUGUUGUUCAGGUGGUCUUGUCUCUUGAGGAGGCUUUAUAUGAUUCUUUUGCAGAUGAUAUACCAAAGUAUAAUUACAAGUUGCAGCUUCUAAUUGAGAAAUUCAAGAGCUCACAAGUAUUAGUUGAAAGAAUUCUCAAAGGCGAAUUGAAACCUGAACAAGUUACAAAGAUGCAGGGCUACGAGCUAAUCAUGGCUGAUUUUGAAGAACCAAAAACAGUGGAAGAUGCUGCUAAUGAUGUCGAGAGGACAUCAAUACAGUGAAUUACUAAUCAUCAAA